AUGAAAUUAAAAAUAUCAACUCUUAAGGAACCAAAACACACUGGAGUCGUUGUUUGUGUUAACUGGAAUAAUACCGAAGAUGUAUUUUCUUGUGGGUUUCAUAUUGUUAAUCAUAAUGGUCGUAUCGAGAAAUCGGUAAACGCACAUCAGGGAGCUUGCCUCAUCGCACAAUGGAGUCCCGAUGGAGCUGGACUUCUGACAGCUGGUGAAGACGGUUUCGUUAAAGUCUGGUCUCGCAAUGGCCUACUACGAUCGACUAUAGUCCAGUCAGACGUGCCCUGCUUCAGUGCCGUGUGGAGUCCAGAUAGCAGUGCCAUAUUGCACACCAAAGGAAAUUCGCUUGUUAUAAAGCAACUCAAUUCUAGUAACAAGAUUACUAAGUGGAAAGCUCACGAAGGUCUCAUUUUAUGUGUAGCAUGGAAUGCUAAUAACAAUUUAAUCCUUUCUGGUUCUGAAGACGGCUAUUCUAAGUGGUCUCACUGCCUCGACCGACCGACAACGGGCAGCAUAUAUAAUAUCGCCUGGUCUUCCGAUGGUACACAGCUUGCAGCGGCAUGUGCUAACGGACAUGUUUUAUUCGCUCAUAUAAUUGAUCGGGAGUACACGUGGAAGAAUUACGCUUGCAACCAAAUAGGUCGGAAAGUAAUCGCUAUAAGAGAUAUUAUGACAGAUCAAAAUGAUCAACUGGAUUAUCCAGACAGAGUAAUUCAAAUAGCCCUGGGCUUCAACCAUCUGGUUACGGCGACGGUGAAGCAGUGUUUCAUACAUAAGCUGACGUCUUGGAACACACCAGUGACGUUUGACCUUAAAGAAGGAACAAUUAGUAUGAUAUUGUUGGCAGAAAGGUGUCUGUGUAUUGUAGAAAGGGCUGGUCUUUCGGUUUACAGUUAUAUGGGUCGUCUUCUUGCCAGUCCACGUUGGGGCGCUAGACCUGAGACUUUGGGUCGUGCUUCCGUGUCAUUAGGGCCGGAUGCAUUGGCAGCUAUCGAUCAGGCGGAUAGAAAAUUAAUCCACGUUUUCGAUCUUCCUACCGGUUUGAUCGUCCGAAGCUCAGCAGAUAACACGGUGACGAAACUAUCACACAAGAUGACUGUAUCCAGUAUAGCUCUCAGUCAGACGGGACCGAUCAAUGAAAGACAACUUGCCUUGUUGGAUUACAAUAGGGAUCUAUACGUAGUAACUUUCAAGGAUAGCAAGCCCAAGUUUGUUAAAUUAGGGUCACAGAUCCUGAGCAUCUGUUGGAGCUACGAGACAGAGCUGUUGGUUGGCUUGCGAGCCAGUUCUGUGGUAGCCUGGUGUUGUCCCCGAGCGGCCAUGCAGCCAGACUGGCUUGCUCUCACCACUGUUAGCAAGGAUGUCACAGACCUUGGCAGAAAUCCGACGAUUCUAAGUGUUGAAGACGGUGUCGCGCACAUUUGCAGAGGCAAUGGCUCCAUAUUGCACCUGUCUAUUGCCGCGUUUCCUGAAAAGUUACUAAAGCACGUUGUUGCUAACAUGUGGCAGGCUGCUCUACAGCUAUGUCGCACCGUUGAAGACGAAACGCUUUGGGCUUGUCUGGCGGUAUUAGCGUGGCAACACAAUCAAUUGGCAGUGGCUGAAGAGGCAUUUGCUUUGAUACGGCAAUACCAUCAAGUCUGUUAUAUUCAACAUCUUCGAAGCAAUAUUCCAGAAAAGCUGGCAGCCAAUUAG